AUGGCGGCUUUAUGGCGCCUACUCAAAGCGUCUCUAGUAAGAACCCCACCGCCGCUUGCUGAGAGCGACGACGUCUACCCCGUUCAUAUGCUAGACGACACCAAGACGCUGCGGGACAUUGCCGUCGCUUGGACAUUACGCUUCAAUGACGUGCUGGAUGCGGACAGCUUGCACGACUCAUUGUCAAAACUACUGGAGAUUGGCGACUGGAGGAAGGUCGGGGGUCGGCUGAGCCAGCAGAAUGGAGAGCUGGAGAUUCAUGUACCGCGGCCCUUUACAGCUGAACGUCCAGCGGUGUACUACACCCACCACGUCCUUGCCAUGAAUAUCGAAGACCAUCCGCUGGCGAAGUCCCUCCCCAAAGCCACUGAGGCCCCAUCCAUUCAGCCUGGGCCCCAGGACUUUCGAGCUUUUGCGGCCCGGGAAGCUGCACCCGCGACGCUCGAAGACUUCAUCUACCAGGACAUGCCCCAGCUAUCGCUUCACAUAACUUCAUUUAAUGAUGCGACGCUUGUGGCUCUCUUAUGGCCACACACGCUUAUGGAUGUCAUGGGCCAACAGGCCCUGCUACGUGGCUGGUCUCUGGUGCUCGCUGGCCGGGAGUCGGAGGUGCCGCCCCUGCUUGGAGCACGACAGGACGCCAUAUGUGUAGCGGCAGAUGCAUCCACGGAGCUGGAGGAGUUUAGAGUGGGACAGAAGCAGCUGAGGGGAUGGGGCAUGUUCAUGUUUGGGCUUCGAUUUGCUUGGGACCUGCUGUGGAAUCACGUUAUCGAGACGCGCACCAUCUUCUUGCCCAAAAAGGUAGUGAACGAGUUGUGUCGCCAGGCGCAUAGCGACCUGGCGGCUCAGGGUAACGGGAACGAGAAGCCCUUUAUCAGCGAGGGUGACGUCCUGACGGCAUGGGCAACACGCGCACUAGCAUCAUCCCUGCCGAAGCCACGGCCAGUGACGGUGCUUCAUGCGCUCAACGCGAGAUUCCGACUCACGCACUUGGUUCAGGCCUCUGGUGUCUACGUCCAGAAUAUGGCGGUGGCAGCCUUCACGUUCCUGUCUUCAGAGGUUGCGACGGGAGAUCUGGGACGCAUCGCUCUGGAAAACCGUCGCCAUCUGAUGGAGCAAUCAACGGAGGGUCAGGUGCUGGCUUACCUGCGUGAGCUGCGACGGGAAUCUAAGUCCGGUAGCGACCCAGCGUUGGUGUGCGGUGAGUCCAACGCCGUACUAAUACCGUUCACCAACUGGACAAGAGCCGACUUUUUCAGGGUGGCCGACUUUAGCCCGGCAGUUGUGCGUGCCGGGGAGACGAGUCAAUCGAGGAGCAACCCGCCUGGUACCAUAGUGUUCCACCACGCACAAUCCAUGCGGCAGAGCCCGGCAGCCAGAAACGUGUUCGUGGUGCUGGGCAAGGACAAUAGAGACAACUACUGGCUGACCGGGACUCUGCUGCCCCCGGCCUGGCUCAAGAUUGAAGAGCAUCUAAAUGGAAUGUGA